UUUGAAAGAGUAAGAUCGAGACAACGUUAGUUUUCGUGCAGAUUGGUUUUUAUUACACAUUUUUUUCUUGCUUAAGUGAAAAGGAUAAACUUUAACAAAAAUAACUUGGAAAUAAAUUGGAUAAUUAACAUUUAUACUCAAAAUGUUACCUCCGCGAAUAUUUAAAUUCGUAUUCCUGAUAUGUUUAAUAAUUGUUUUGAUAUCGCAGACGACAGACAGUGCUCAAACAAAAACUAGAAGAAGACUAAGAAGACCUACAAGUGCUCCAGAAGAAUCAUCUUCAUCCGUUUCUGUAUCUAGCUCACGUAGCACUCGUGUUUCAACUAAAAAAGCUACAGAAAGCUCGGCGGAAAAACAAACUGAUCAGGAAUCAUCGCCCUCGACAGCUGUUACACGUUCUCGAGUUCGCAAUAAAUCUAAAUUACGCAUUGGUGAUUCCAGUGGUCUUUUAGCUAGCGGCUCCAGUCUAAAAGGUAAGAAGACCAAAGCGGACGAUGGAGGAAAGAAAAUUGUUUGCUACUAUACAAAUUGGUCUCAAUACAGACCAAAGAUUGGUAAAUUCAGUCCAGAAGAUAUUCCUGGUGAUUUGUGCACACACAUCAUCUUUGCCUUUGGCUGGUUGAAAAAAGGUAAAUUGAGUUCUUAUGAAUCGAAUGAUGAAACAAAAGAUACAGUACCUGGCUUGUAUGACCGCAUGAUGACAUUGAAGAAGUCUAAUCCAAAAUUGAAGAUUCUCUUGGCUUUGGGCGGCUGGUCCUUUGGCACCCAAAAGUUCAAGGAAAUGGCAGCCACUCGUUAUACUCGCCAAACUUUCAUUUACUCGGCUAUUCCCUUCUUGCGCAAACGUAACUUUGAUGGCUUUGAUUUGGAUUGGGAAUAUCCUAAAGGUUCGGAUGACAAGAAAAACUUUGUGCUGUUACUUAAGGAACUGCGCGAAGCAUUCGAGGCUGAAGCUCAAGAAUUGAAGAAACAACGUUUACUGCUAUCGGCAGCUGUACCUGUAGGUCCUGACAAUAUCCGUGCUGGAUAUGAUGUACCCGCUGUAGCUAGUUACUUGGAUUUCAUUAAUCUGAUGGCUUAUGAUUUCCAUGGCAAAUGGGAACGUGAAACAGGUCACAACGCUCCACUCUAUGCCCCUUCCACUGACUCAGAGUGGCGCAAGCAGUUGUCUGUAGAUAACGCCGCAAAUUUGUGGGUAAAGAUGGGAGCUCCCAAGGAGAAAUUAAUUAUUGGUAUGCCAACAUAUGGCCGUUCAUUUACCUUAGCCAAUACGAAAAAACAUGGACCAAAUGCUCCUGCAACAGGUGGUGGAAAAGAGGGUAUUUACACUAAAGAAAGUGGUUUCUUGGCCUACUACGAGAUCUGUGAAAUGCUAUUGAACGGUGCCGUUUACGUGUGGGAUGAUGAGAUGAAAGUGCCUUAUCUAGUUGAUGGAGACCAGUGGGUUGGUUUCGACGAUGAACGUGCCAUUCGUAACAAAAUGAGUUGGAUUAAGACAAACGGCUAUGGAGGUGCCAUGGUUUGGACUGUGGAUAUGGACGAUUUCAAGGGAGAGGUCUGUGGAGGUAAUGUUAAAUAUCCCCUUAUUGGCGCUAUGCGUGAAGAAUUGUUAGGCAUAUCUAGAGGCAAGGAAGCAAAGGAUGUCAACUGGUCUGAAGUAGCUGCAACAUUUGAUGACAUAGAAGAGGAAGAGGAUGAAAUACCAGAACCCAUUCCAAUUUCAGUUGAUGAAGUUCUUGCAAAGGUUCGCAAACCUAUUAAGAAGCAUAAGGUUAAAUCUGGCUCCAUAGCUAAAGAUCUAAAUUCUCGUCCUGCUCAAGUAUUCUGCUAUUUGACCAGCUGGUCCUCGAAACGUCCUGGUGCUGGCAAGUUUGAUCCUUCUCACAUAAAUCCCAAAUUAUGUACCCAUGUCGUUUAUGCUUUUGCCACAUUAAAGGAUCACAGACUUUCUGAAAACAGUGACGAUGAUCCCGACAAUUACGAACAAGUAAUAGCUUUACGUGACACUAACCCUGAUCUACAAAUUUUGUUGGCCAUAGGCGGAUGGGCUUUUGGAUCUACACCCUUCAAAGAACUCACUUCAAAUGUGUUCCGCAUGAACCAAUUUGUUUACGAAGCUAUCGAUUUCUUGCGCGAUUACAAGUUCAAUGGACUUGAUGUGGAUUGGGAAUAUCCUCGUGGUUCAGAUGACCGGGCUGCUUACGUUAAUUUAUUAAGAGAGUUGCGUGUAGCAUUUGAAGGCGAAGCUAAAUCUUCCGGUCUUCCUAGACUGCUAUUGACUGCCGCUGUGCCAGCUUCAUUUGAAGCUAUAGCAGCCGGUUACGAUGUACCAGAAAUAUCGAAAUAUCUUGAUUUCAUAAAUGUAAUGACCUACGAUUUCCAUGGUCAAUGGGAGCGCACAGUGGGACACAAUUCUCCAUUGUUCCCACUUGAAUCUACUACUGGCUAUCAAAAGAAAUUGACUGUGGAUUACAGUGCUCGCGAAUGGGUGAAACAAGGUGCUCCCAAAGAGAAGCUGCUUAUUGGCAUGCCUACCUAUGGCCGUUCAUUUGAACUAAUAAACGAAACUCAAUUCGAUAUCGGUGCACCUGCAUCUGGAGGCGGAAGUCCAGGCAAAUUUACCAACGAAGCUGGUUUUCUGAGUUACUAUGAAGUCUGCUCAUUCUUGGCGGCUGAUAAUACAACAUUAGUGUGGGAUUCUGAACAACAAGUUCCAUUUGCCUAUCGCGACAACCAAUGGGUGGGCUUUGAUGAUGAACGUUCUCUUAAAACAAAGAUGGAAUGGCUGAAAGAACAAGGUUUUGGUGGCAUUAUGGUAUGGUCCAUUGAUAUGGAUGAUUUUACCGGCCGUUGUGGAAACGGAAAAUAUCCAUUACUAAAUUCUCUUAACGAUGAACUUAAAGACUACAAGGUAGCGCUAGAAUAUGAUGGCCCCUAUGAAUCCCGUGGUCCCAGAGGAGCUUACACAACCAAAGAUCCUCAUGAGGUGACCUGUGAAGAGGAAGAAGGUCAUAUCAGUUAUCACAAAGAUUGGAGUGAUUGCACUCAUUAUUACAUGUGUGAAGGUGAACGCAAACAUCACAUGCCAUGUCCUGCCAAUUUGGUAUUUAAUCCCCAGGAAAAUGUAUGCGAUUGGCCCGAGAAUGUCGAAGGCUGUCAUGUACCUACCGAAGCUCCAGCCUAAAAAUAGUUAUUAUUUUUUUAUAUGUUUACAUCUUUUUUUAUUUACCGACAUCCUCACUGCCCCCAGUGCAAUCAGAAUUAAAAGGGACGUGAAAUGCAUUGUUUUUUUAUAUAUUUCUGUAAAUAGUAUUUAUUUACACUGAAGAAUAUACACAAAUGUAUGUAUGUAUGUAACAUAAUCUCAUUAAUAAUUCAACGAAAUUUUUAAUCUUCUCUGCUCUAAAAUAUUCGACUUGAAUCUAAUCUAAGACCAAUUGCAAAUGCAUGUGUCCUUUUUGGUUUUUUGUUACUAUCUAUAACACGAGUUGUUUAAAUAUUAACACAUUUUCCUAAAUUUACUUACGAUAUUAUGUUAAAACAAUGAUGCCUUUUAAUACUCAUCGAUUUUUUUUAUAAAUUAGAAAAUAUACUCACUCGUAUUGGCAAUUUUACUCAUAUAUUAAAAAUAAAUUUAAAAACAUCUUCAGCUGCCUGCCCUACAUGCACCCGAUUAUUUGCAUGGUUGCUCCUCUAUCUACUACUAUUAACUUAGUUUUAAAAAUUUUAGUUUUUAGUUUACUGUAUAAAAAAGAUACAUACAACAUUAUUGUUUAAUAGUUUAAUAAUAACAACACUUUGUUCAAUUUGUUACAAUAUGUAAUUAUUUUAUAUUCAUAUAUAUUUUAUUUGUAUUUUAUUUUUUUAAUAAUUCAUUUUGUCGUAUGUACCCUUUUUAAAUUACUUGCCUAUUUCCAAAAAAGAAAACCACAACAUCAACAAAAAAUACUCUUUAUUAUCAAAUAAGACAACACCACUUAAUCAAAGAAAUUUUAAACUAAACACACUCAAGAUCACAAAAUAAUAUUAAAUAAAACUUUAUCUAAAUGUGAAAGCACGCUCUAUUGUACAUAAAACUGUGAUAAUUCUUAACUACAUGUUUCUAAAAGAUGUUUGAUUUUCUGCCUUUAUUGUUAAAAUGAAAUAGUUUUAAAGUGUUCAGUUUGUUUCUUUCUUUUUGUUUUCUUUUUUACUUUGACUUGUUUGUUUCAAAAUUUGUUUUAAAUAAUCACUGCUUUUUUUACAAACAACCACAAAAAAAAUCUGUAUUAUAGUCUUAUGUUGAAGGAAAUAAAUAAAACUUAAAUUCAUACAUAAAUAAAUAAAUAUAUUGUACCUAUAUGUUGUAGUUAUGUAUAUGUUAUUAUGUACCCCGAAAAUUUAAAUUGAAUAAAGAAAUUAUUUAAAUUGUAA